AGAACAAUGUCAAUCAGAUAAAGCACUCGUUUAUUUCAUAGCCUUGACGAUUUCGUCUAGGAAGAUGUGAACGAAACAAACAGUGACAACGUAGUUGACGUACAGACUGGGUUUACACGUUUUAAAAGGAGUAUGGAAAUGCGUUAUCCAUGGGUGCAACUGAAUUACGUCUUUUUCAUUAUUACUCUGGUUUAUAGUAAACCAAAUAAGGUAAACAAUGGUUUUGAUGAACUCAACCCAUUAACAACCCAUAAUAGUGAGGACGUAAUACACUUCCAACCAGCAGUUAAUAUCAGUACAAAAAGAAUAAACCCACAAAGCAGCAAUAGUACUGGCAAUUCUGAUUUCCAAGGCAGUGUGAUGUCUAACUUACUGAAGCCUCUUGACGGUGGUGAAAAACAAACUAUUAAUAUCACAGCCGAUAAUGAAGUUGCUCCAAGAUUUCUCGGCUUGCUUAGUGGAGUAGUAAAUAUGAUAGCCAGCCCUUUCAAACACGCAUUUAUGCCAAGAUCUCCACCGCCAUGUACUUCACCAGCACCUCGCCCUCCAAAUAUAAUUCACCGAACACCACCUCCUCCAACCCAAAAACCUACAUCACCAGCACCACCAUCGCAUCAACCAAUCAACAUAAUAGUAAAUAUUCCUAAAGAUGUCGAUGUUGAUUAUUAUUAUUGAUUUAAUGAUAUGAACAUAAAUAAGUAUUUCUACGGAACAUGGUUGAUACAUGUCAAUGUAAUUACAUUAUUAAAUGGUAUAUCUUUACACUUACAUUAUCAAAUGUUUAAUUUCAAUAGGCUGAGCUGUUUAAUUAGAAAGGCUGUCAUUGAUCCGAAAGAAAUUUUGCUUAUGAUUAUUAUUUGCCUAUCUUUAUAUCUGUCUAUAUUACAUAUACAAUACAUACAGAAAACAAAAUAAUACGUAGAUUUUGCACAUACGUAAGUUUCCACGUUCGUUUGCAGAAAUGUUAAUUUAUAUGCAGGCAGCACUUCAAUGAUGAUGCAUGUCACACCAUAGGAUUUCUCUGAGUAUUAGCAAAAAUUUUCGCAUUAGUCUUAAGAGUAAUCAUGAUGUCACCAUAAACAUACCAGAAUAAACAAAUUUUAAAAAUAAAUUCAAUACAAUCACAUAAGAUUUCAUGUGAAAUAUUUACUGAUAUAGUUUUAAAAUAUGUAAAGGAAAGCGUACUUAGUUAUUUGAUUUCUUAGUUCACCGGAAGUUUUAGUUUUUGAACACUGCUAUGAUACCUAACUUAUUGAACAAAAUAUUAAAACGUAUCAUAUCGGAAGAUGUCUCGAGGAAUAUUUCGUCAGCAGAUGUUGAAUUAUUGCAUGAUAAUUCAGAUACAAAGAGAAAAAAUUAGUUUUUUUAAUUUGCACGUCCAACCUUUAAAUCGUCCUGGGUUCCUACAAAAAUAUCGCGCAGUAAGCUGAAAUAAUUUCUUUUGUAUCUGCCGGGGAAAUAAAGAAACUUAUUUCCCGCCUGUUUUGACUGUCCUUCCAUAGAAUUAUCAAUACUGAAAUGAGCUAUAUAUCUGAGGCUACGCAAGAAACUUCAGCGAAAUCUUUUAAGUGACAUGUGGUGUGGUUUAGCUUGUAAAAUUUGUAUGCAAAAUAUUAUACAAUCAAUACUCUUAUUGUAUAGCAUUUAAUAUAUUUAAUUUACAUAAAUAUUAAAAAAGCUAUUUAUUGUAUAAAUGGUCCUCCAGGGUAAUAUUCCCACUUAACUAUGAAGAUUGUUUAAUUUAAGAACUAUAGUAUUUUGUUUUUACAAAUAACCAGCCUAGAUGGAAUGAUAAUAUAAAGUUGUAUUGUUACACAUAAUUUUGUCAAUACCAUUCCUUUAAGUAUAGUUCAAUAAUAGCCUUAAAAAUAAGGGUUAUUAACGAAGAUGGCGCCAAUAAAAGUUCCAAGA